GAAAACUUGGUAGGUAUAGAGAGAUUUGAGUCGUGUUGUACAUUUACCUCGCACCGGCGUGGAUCGCCGUAUAUUUAUCUGGAUAUACGAACAGUCGACGAAGAAAGUAAAAUCGUUGUUGAAAAUUUUGUUCACAAGGCAAAGUAUUCGAAUACCGUUUCCAAAUUCGUUCGUCAAUUGGUUUCGUAUAUGGCUUCGCUCGAAGAUUUGGAUCAAUUGGAUAGCGGCAUGGGCAGUAGCGACGCACAUUCUCCCGAGGUGAAAUCGGUAGUUCCCGACGACGAGGAUGACGAGGAGGACGAAAGCCUCGCCGAAAGGCUUUUGGGUCUCACGGAAAUGUUUCCUGACGAAGUACGUAAUUUUGGUUACAACGUUGGUACUGGCUUGCACAGUUGUAUGAAAGGUCUAUACGGAUUCUCGUGUUCAGCGGCAUGGUUGUUCUUCAGCUCAUCGGCUAUUUUAUUCGCACCCAUAUUGUUGGAAACAGAGCGCGCGCAAAUGGAGGAGGUACAACGUACACAGCAAAAACAAGUUCUUUUAGGACCUAACGCAGCAAUGUCAAACAUGAAUGCUUCUUCGACUCUUCCAAUGGCUCCGCCCGUGCAACGAUAAUAGUAAUAUCGACAUAGCAUCCGAACCGAUAUAAUUUGAACGUUCCGUUCACCAUUUAUAUUUGUUAGCGUAACAAUUCCAUUGUACCGUAAUCUCUGACUAAAAUGUAUCUGUAUACGGGACAUUGUAUAUUUUCCACUAGGAACUGUAACCGGAACAUAAAAUUCGAGCUAAGUAAAUGGUUGAUAUGCGGUUAAUGUACGGCGAUGCUAUUCGAUUUUUCCUAUUCUUUACCCAUUUUAGAAGAAUCGUAGAUUUUUACCAAAACGAAUUUAUCGACAAGUCGUUUACACGAAAAGGGAAUCGAAAUGUUCAUUCGUAACACUUUCUUAUUCAUUGGAAAGUAAUUGUAAAAUCGUAAUAGCCGAGUGUUAGCAGCGUAAUUUGCUUGUGUCAAGUAAGUUUAUUAAAUUGUAUCGUCGCGUAUCGUUUCUAGCGUAUCAUUCGUCGUUAUAAUAUGCAAAUUGAAAUAAACUUACAACAAAGCACCA